CCACGCGUAGAGUAAAUCGGUGCACGCACAUUCACACAGUGAUCGUAGAAAUGCGCAAUAACGCAUGGAUACCCCUGUCGAGCUGGAAGAUUCCAUUGGAAUGACAGAUCCUGUAUUUGGAUAAUUUUUAACGGAUUAUCUGAGAGGGAACACAAGACUCCAGUCAUGCUGCAUUUAAUCUGCCUCUUGUGCCUCGUCGUCAUCUCUGAUGCAGUUAUGGAUCUCACCAUGACCUCUAACGGGGCCACAUCUGCUCAUCAUUUCCGCCUAUCCUGCGUCUCUGGAGAGCGUGACACAGACGGCAUUCAACUGAGCAUCAAAAAGGACAACAGCAUUGUCCUUCGUGCAGAUACUCCUAAAUUUAUUGUGCAGAGGCCACAGACUAAAGAAGUGGUGGCUACUGGAUUUACAGGCUUUGACCACAGUGGGAUUUUCAACUGUCAAUCAAAAAGGGGCUCUGACCAACCUGCCAAUGUUACACUUAUCAACAACUACAGCAAAGGUCACUUUAGACCUGCGAGGGUCACUCUGACGGCCAGUAAAGGAGACACAGCGCUUCUAAUCAUGGAUGUCAUUCAGGCAGAAAGACGAGACAUUGCUUGGAAAUUUAAUGGUAACUACUAUUACAUGACUCCUGUUGCUGAUGUUCAGAACCACACAGCAGUUUUGGAUCUGGAGAAAGUUGAUGAAAGCAACGCAGGGAUUUACAGUGCCAGCUAUGUUGGGGACAGUGCUCUUUAUAGUGCCUGGAUGCGCCUCAUCGUUCGUGAAUGCCCAAAGAACAAAUGGGGCUCCGACUGUGACAAGGACUGUCCCGAAUGCUUGAAUGGAGGCGUGUGCCAUGACAAAGAUGGAGAUUGUGUUUGCCCUCCAGGGUUUAUGGGAAUGCGCUGUGAGACAGCCUGUCGUGAAGGAAUGUUUGGUCGGAACUGCCAGGAAUCCUGUAUGUCAGUGAAUGGAUGCCAGGGAUUGAGUUUCUGUCUCACUGAUCCUUACGGCUGUUCUUGUGCCAGCGGCUGGCAUGGAGACCGCUGUCGUAAACCCUGUCUUGAAGGAACGUAUGGCGCUGACUGUCUUUUAAGUUGCAACUGCGAGAACAAAGGCAAAUGCAAUCGAUUCAGUGGCUGCCAAUGUCCCAUUGGCUGGAGAGGGCAAUACUGUGAGAAAUCAGAUAGCGUUCCAGAGAUUUUGGAUAUGGCCAGUUACCUGGAGGGAAAUUUGAACUCCAGCCACAAGAUCACAUGCUCUGCAACAGGCCAUCCGCUGCCUAGCCAUAUGAGUAUCGAGCUACGCAAGCUGGAAAGCACCGUUCUUAAGGCGUCCCACACUAACAUGGACUCCAUAAAAAGCACAGCUCACUUUGAGAUCCCACGGCUGUCUGUAGAGCAUAGUGGCUUGUGGGAAUGUCGAGUCUCCACCAAUGGUGGGCAGGAUUCUUUCAAGUUUACCUUAACUGUUAAAGAGCCACCCUACCCAACCACAGCUCCUAAACUGCUGUCGAGAAGUAGCAAACAACUGGUUGUAAAGCCAGUGGACACUUUCAUGGGUGACGGUCCCAUUAUUUCCACUAAACUGCUUUACAAACCAGUGGAUACAGAAGACUCCUGGUCCUCCAUCAUAGUGUAUGGAAACGAUCAAAUCACAUUACCGAACCUGAAGCCCUCAACCAGAUACCAUGUCCGUGUACAACUCACUCGUCCAGGAAACGGAGGAGAGGGUCCUUUGGGUCCAGCGGCAAUCAUGGAGACUGACUGCCCAGGCCCUUCUUCCCCACGGAACGUUCAUGCAGAUGCCCUGUCCAUCAAUGCAGUUAGGCUUCACUGGCAGCCCCCCGAGGACCCCAAUGGAGGCAUUGUGAAAUACAGCAUUGAGUACCAGCCGGUGGGCCAGGGCAGCUUGCACCCUUGGGUGGACACAGACGAUGGCAACAAAACCACGAAGGAUGUGACCUCCCUCAACGGGAGCACGUUGUACCAGUUUAGGGUGAGGGCUUUCUCCAAGGCGCCAGGGGAGUGGAGCAAGUUCGUACAAGCCAGGACACGUAAAGACGGAUUCCCCAGCUUUAUUCCCACCACUCAACAUGUUGGGCGGCCAAUGGCUGAGGAUCAUCAGCUUCUUUGGGCUGUGGUUGGGUCAGUGGGUGUAACCUGUGUGACCAUUCUUCUGGCCCUCCUGGCUCUCUUCUGCAUUCGGAAAUCUGUCCUUAAACGGAGACGGACAUUCACCUAUCAGUCUGGAUCGGGAGAAGAGACUAUCCUACAGUUCAACUCAGGGACUCUCACACUGACCCGACGACCAAAGCCUUCCCCAGAGCCCCUCACCUAUCCCAUAUUGGAGUGGGAGGACAUUAAGUUUGAGGAUGUCAUUGGAGAAGGGAACUUUGGUCAGGUCAUCAAGGCCAUGGUAAAAAAAGACGGCGUAAAAAUGAGUGCUGCGAUUAAAAUGCUCAAGGAGUUCGCCUCAGAGAAUGACCAUCGAGACUUUGCCGGUGAACUAGAAGUGCUGUGUAAAUUGGGACAGCAUCAAAACAUAAUCAAUCUCAUUGGUGCCUGUGAGAACAGAGGUUACCUUUACAUUGCUAUUGAAUAUGCAGCUUAUGGGAAUCUUUUGGACUUCCUAAGGAAGAGUCGUGUCCUAGAGACUGAUCCUGCUUUUGCCAAGGAGCACGGAACUGCCUCCACACUCACCUCCCAGCAGCUCUUGCAGUUUGCUGCUGAUGUAGCAACUGGCAUGCAUUACCUUAGUGACAAACAGUUCAUCCACAGAGAUUUGGCUGCCAGAAAUGUACUUGUGGGAGAAAGCCUAGUAGCAAAAAUUGCAGAUUUUGGCCUCUCACGUGGUGAGGAGGUGUAUGUCAAAAAGACCAUGGGAAGACUGCCUGUGCGAUGGAUGGCCAUCGAGUCACUAAACUACAGUGUCUACACUACAAAGAGUGAUGUGUGGUCUUUUGGAGUUCUUCUGUGGGAAAUUGUAAGUUUAGGUGGGACUCCAUACUGUGGGAUGACCUGUGCUGAGCUCUAUGAGAAGCUUCCUCAGGGCUACAGAAUGGAGCAGCCCAGGAACUGUGAUGAUGAAGUGUAUGAACUUAUGAGGCAGUGCUGGCGAGAUAGACCCUAUGAGCGACCACCAUUUUCACAAAUAUCUGUCCAGCUCAAUCGGAUGCAAGAGGCUAGGAAGGCCUAUGUCAACAUGGCUCUCUUUGAGAACUUCACUUAUGCUGGAAUAGAUGCUACAGCCGAAGAGGCCUGACUACCAGCCCCCCCAGACCCAAGAAGGGUUCACAGCCCAAGGGAGGCUCAUCACAGUAGGGCUUUGCGUUACUGUCACUCCCCUGUGGCCAGGUUCCAUCGUUCAAAGAGACACUCCACCAAGACCACAUGGCUAUAGAGAACAGACUGUGAAAGGACACUCUUAGGAGCUGUGACUCUAGGAUUCAUAUCUCAGGACAUGAUGGCCUUGGAUUACUCAAGAGGAAGUGGAACCUACAAUAUAAGCUACGGAUGUAGCACGCUGGGUCUGUGGGGAUCUGGACCAUGCAUUGAACUCUUUUUCCAUCAUUUUAUUGGGAGGUUGUUGGAAUGGACAUACAUCAAAUGGACAAAAGCACCAGUAUUAUUCAAUGUAGCACUUGAGAAAGCGAUGUAACUCAUUUGUUCACCUUGAGUGAGUUCUGUACAUAAUGUUUAUGUUGUUUAUCAGACCGUAGAAAGCCACUAAAGAUUUUUAAGCUAUUUUUAUGAUGUUUUUUUACGUAUGACGUAUGUAUAACAUUCUAUAGCCAUCCUAUAACCAUUUAAAGAAUGUUAGAGAAUGUUUACUUUGAUAAAUAAAGCAUCAUUGUGGUGA